GAUUGGCAUCAUGGAUGUGCAGUCGACAAAUCUGCAGCAACUGCGUGACGCCAUAAAGCCAAAAUGGACCAAACUUUAUGAGGAAUGUUUCCAGUACCUUGUUGAAUCUAUGCCAUAAAUUGAUAAGGCAGGUCUUUAGACUAAAGGGGGUCCAACCUGGUACUAGAAAGAAGUGUAGCCAGUGAGUUUAUAAUUCUCAAUAUAACGUUUAACCAUUUCAGGACCAUGGACAGCGUCACUGUGUUACUGCCAAUAGAAUAAAAAUAAAAAUAAAUAUAAUAAAUAAUGAAAAGAAAUACAACUUUUUUAAAAUAUGAUUUUUUCUUUUUCAGGACACCUCCCCUUUCAAAAGAUAAUAUAUGUUCUAGCUUAAUAUAACAUAGGAAGGAUGAUUGUUACUAUCCCAAAACGAAGUUGGAGUUUGCCUUCAAAUGAUGUCAUCGUAGAGCAAACUUUUAACGCAGCCAGUGUUUUACAGAGCCAAACCCCACCACCACCUCUUCCAUCCCCGCGUGUCGGUCCACUCUGGUGAAUGCAGCAGCUCCCACAGACAGGUCCCACUCCUCAUGAAUGUUUUUAUUGACUGGCUCAAACUGGCGUUCACAUGCGCAGAGCUUCAUCCACGGUCUCCAAGCCCAGCAGCAUCAGGCUUCUCCGUCAGAUCAAGUUUGACCAACACUGGCCUGCCGCGACGCGUCCAAUCAAAGAUCAGAUCAGCUCCUUCUUUCCUCCACGACCCCUCCCCUCCCUCUCUCCUCUCCUCCUGCCUCGCUCUCUCCCUCUUUCUUAGUUGAAAAAAAAAGGAAAAAAAGCCUCUGCAGCUGGGCUGCACCUCAAUGAAUGAAUUGGUGCACUGUGAGCGCCCAUUAUCUAUCCACUGGAUUUCCAUUCGCUUCCGUCUUUCAUCCAUAUGAAUCUGCUUCUACACAAACCGCUUCUAGGAGUUGAAUAGAUAGGUCGGAGAAAAUGGCACAACGCGUGGUGUUCCUCCUGCUGUGGCUCUUUGACCGCUCAUUCGCAGGAUUCCCCAAUCAGAUUAACAUCGGGGGGCUCUUCAUGCGUUCCACAGUGCAGGAGCACAGCGCGUUCAGGUUCGCUGUCCAGCUCUACAACACCAAUCAAAACACCACUGAAAAGCCUUUCCAUCUCAACUAUAAUGUCGACAACCUGGAGUCGUCCAACAGCUUUUCAGUCACCCAUGCAUUUUGCUCUCAGUUCUCCCGCGGGGUGUACGCCAUCUUUGGAUUCUACGACAAGAAGUCCAUGAACACCUUGACCUCGUUCUGCGGCGCUCUGCACACCUCAUUUGUCACGCCCAGUUACCCCACCGACAAUGAGGUACAGUUCGUCAUCCAGAUGCGGCCUGCCCUGCGGGGGGCGGUCCUCAGCCUGCUGUCGCACUACAAAUGGCAGAAGUUUGUCUACCUCUACGACACGGACCGAGGUUUCUCCAUCCUGCAAGCCAUCAUGGAGGCAGCAGUAGCUAACAACUGGCAGGUGACCGCUCGCUCUGUCAGCAGCACAACAGACGCAGCAGAGUUCAGACGCAUCAUCGAGGAGAUGGACAGGAGGCAGGAGAAGCGCUACGUGAUCGACUGUGAGGUGGACAGGAUCAAUACCAUUUUAGAACAGGUUGUGACCCUGGGAAAGAACAGUCGUGGUUACCACUACAUUCUGGCCAAUUUGGGGUUUUCCAACGUGAGCCUGGACAAAGUUUUUGCCGGUGGAGCCAACAUUUCAGGGUUUCAGAUCGUCAACCCCGAGAACCCGAUCGUGCAGCAAUUCAUGCAGCGCUGGGAGCGGCUAGAUGAAAGAGAGUUCCCAGAAGCCCGAAAUGCUCCUCUGAAGUACACCUCCGCUCUGACCCACGAUGCCAUCCUGGUGAUAGCGGAAGCCUUCAGGUACCUGCGCCGCCAGCGCGUGGACGUUUCUCGACGCGGCAGCGCGGGAGAUUGUCUGGCAAACCCCGCCGUACCUUGGAGCCAAGGCAUCGACAUCGAGAGAGCUCUUAAAACAGUCCAAGUGCAGGGCAUGACUGGGAACAUCCAGUUUGACAACUAUGGCCGCAGGAUCAAUUACACCAUAGAUGUUUAUGAGAUGAAAACAGGAGGGCCGAGGAAGAUUGGGUACUGGAAUGAAUACACCCGAUUUGUAAAUAUUAUGGAUCCGCAGGUCUCCAACGACUCCUCAGUGGAAAACCGAACCAUUGUGGUCACUACUAUUAUGGAAGCUCCUUAUGUGAUGUACAAGAAAAAUUAUAUACAUCUGGAGGGGAAUGACAGAUAUGAAGGCUACUGCGUCGAUUUAGCAUCUGAGAUUGCCAAACAUGUUGGAAUUAAGUACAAACUGUCUAUAGUAAUGGAUGGAAAGUACGGCGCCCGAGACCCUGAGACCAAGACGUGGAACGGGAUGGUGGGUGAACUGGUCUAUGGGAGAGCAGAUAUAGCUGUUGCGCCUCUCACAAUUACUCUGGUUCGAGAGGAGGUGAUAGACUUUUCCAAGCCUUUUAUGAGCUUGGGCAUCUCCAUUAUGAUAAAGAAGCCGCAAAAGUCCAAGCCCGGUGUUUUCUCCUUCCUGGAUCCGCUGGCCUAUGAAAUCUGGAUGUGUAUAGUAUUUGCCUAUAUUGGUGUGAGCGUGGUACUGUUCCUGGUCAGUCGGUUCAGUCCGUAUGAGUGGAAUCUCGAGGAACAGGAUGAGACCAAAGACCCUCAAACUCCCCCUGAUCCUCCAAAUGACUUUGGCAUCUUCAAUUCCCUCUGGUUCUCUCUGGGCGCCUUCAUGCAGCAGGGCUGUGACAUCUCUCCCAGGUCUCUGUCGGGCCGUAUCGUUGGAGGGGUGUGGUGGUUCUUCACCCUCAUCAUCAUUUCCUCCUACACAGCCAACCUUGCCGCCUUCUUAACAGUGGAAAGAAUGGUCUCACCUAUAGAGAGCGCUGAAGACCUGGCCAAGCAGACAGAGAUAGCAUAUGGCACUCUGGACUCAGGCUCUACUAAAGAGUUUUUUAGGAGAUCAAAAAUAGCAGUUUAUGAGAAGAUGUGGUCGUACAUGAAAUCCGCAGAACCCUCUGUGUUUGUUAAGACCACGCCUGAUGGCGUGGCGCGGGUCCGAAAGUCAAAGGGAAAGUUCGCCUUUCUCCUGGAAUCCACCAUGAACGAGUACAUAGAGCAGCGGAAGCCGUGCGACACCAUGAAGGUCGGAGGGAACCUGGACUCGAAAGGCUACGGUGUGGCGACGCCCAAAGGCUCAGCAUUAAGAAAUGCUGUUAACCUGGCAGUUUUAAAACUGAAUGAGCAAGGCCUCUUGGACAAAUUGAAAAACAAAUGGUGGUACGACAAGGGAGAGUGCGGCAGCGGGGGAGGUGACUCCAAGGACAAGACAAGUGCUCUCAGCCUAAGCAAUGUGGCGGGUGUCUUCUAUAUUCUGGUUGGAGGGCUGGGGCUGGCCAUGAUGGUGGCUCUGAUAGAGUUCUGUUAUAAAUCACGACAAGAAACCAAACGGCUGAAAUUGGCUAAGAAUGCCCAGAAUUUUAAACCGGCUCCCCCGACCAACACCCAGAACUUUGCCACAUACAGAGAAGGCUACAACGUUUACGGAACCGAGAGUGUGAAAAUCUAGAGGUUUAUGAAACAUUUCUACUGUCCUUUACAACUGUGACUAAAAAUCAAUGAACGGCACAGGAUCAGGAGGAUUGUGCUUCAAGAACAACCCUGUGGGGGCCAACACAGCAUGAUAAUCUGCAAUGAUGACACGACAGGACUGGUCAUGGGAAGAGCCAAUGAGGUUACCUCCUCUCAGUGCCUUAUGGAACUCCAAUCAAUGCAACUCACAAUAAUAUUGCUUUGUGCUUGAAACUCAUACAAACCAGAAGAAUUGUGCAGUACAUCCUGUAUAUAUAAAUAUAUAUAUAGAAACAUAUAUAUUUAUAUAUGAAUAUGUAUGUGCUCUAUGUGUAUCUAACAUGAAUGAGAGAACUAAAGCCAUCAUUUGCAACCUCUAAGCACAUUUUGAAGUGCCGCAGAGACUAUGAAUCGAACAUGACAAGUGUUUAAUUGGUUUCUUGUUAUGGGUAUGAUUGGAUUAUUCUUCAUCCUUCUGCUGCCAGAUUUUCAGCACUUAUAUGUGUUCAAAUAAUUUUGUUAGAUUGUCUCAGUGCACUGUAAGACACUGGUUAUUAGAUAAUAGCUUUUAUACUCCUGUGAGUCACCUCCAAUGUCCAUGUUCUUGUUGUAAGAGAUAGGUUAAUCGAGUCGGAGCGAAACGCCAUUCAGCCCAAAACAAAAGUGGGUGUGAUUUGCACUCUUCGAAUGUGGUGCUGCUAUCGCUGUCUUCUGAAAGUUUGGGUUUGAUGAGGUGAUGAGCCGAGUCACUAUUCGCACUUCCAAUACUGCCAAGAGUGUUGUUUGUGAGACGACUGUGUAAAGCCUGUGUAAAGAAAAUCUGUUUGUGAUUUACAUACUGUAAAAAAAAAUAUCCAGGAAGGUUGAACCCAGCAAAGAGACUCGGCCCGAGGAGGAGUAGUGCCAGCCAAGUUUUUACAUUAAAAUGAAGCCAACCAAAAAGAAAUGGAGGAUUAUUCUGUUGUGUAUCGACUGCAGCCCAACUUAAGGAAAGCAGCAGCAAAUUUUUAACAAGUUUUCCUGGAUGAAAUACAACUUUUGUUCAAAUCUGCACAUGUGACUGACCGUGGUUUGCUUUUAUUUUAUCGAUGAAAUCUUCCGUGUUCUGUGACUUCUCUUAGUAAAUGAAACUUAUAUGAAUAAAACACAACAUAGGUUUAUACAAGGUUGUAAGGGGCGAGAGCUGAAUCUUAGCACAUUUCCAUAUUGCUGUAAUCAUUUCUUUCAUGAAUACUGUGACUCCAUAGGAUUUAGGAAAUAAUUAUCACAUCACCUAAAACUAUGGGCAAAUGUUUUAUAUAUUUAAAAAAAAACACUUAUAGAUAUAAUGUGAAAAAUAUGAGCAAAUGAGAGGUGUGUACAUUUAGAUAAAUGGAAAUUAUUUAUUUAAAAGAAAGUCAAUUUUCCCUUUCCUCUUUUUUUUUGUUCUUUUUUAUCUUAUAAAUUGCAUGUGAAAUCAAUGAUGCUUGACAAGCUCUGCUACUCACAAACUGAGCUUAUAGGUUUGAAAAUCCAGCCCUGCAGGUACUUCUUUUGUAAAUCAGUUUCGCACUUUUUUCUUUUUACAACAUUUCACCUUCUGCAGAAACAAAAAUCUCCAGGCAUAAUAGUGGGUAUAAAAGAGCAAAAGAUGCAUGCAUAAUUUGCUGAACCUCAUUAGAGGAGCGCUGUACAGAGAAUUUUAAUACAUUUUGUAAAUAAAAAUGUACAGAAAGGGC